AUGGAUCUUAUUAUUAGCACCGAAAAGUCCACCCAUAACAGUCGUACGACGGUUACCAUCCUCACCGGUAACAAAGAUGUGAAUAAUAUCAUUAAGGGUCUAUAUACCAAUGAAAAGCCUGCUCGCAACAUCGAGGCGUAUGACAACAAAAUCGACCCGGACAAGGUCCGUACCCGCCCGUCCUAUGUAAAUGCCAUCAUGAUCCAGAGUCGUGGGUUGGAGGGGGAGACUUGUGCGCAGUAUGCUAGGAAUAGUGGAAGGGGACCAUUCGUACAGUGCAUUCGGGUAAAGGGACAUUUCGGAGGAUGUUGUGGCAAUUACAAGUGGCGCGACCAUGUAGCUAAAUGUAGCAUGCAUACUCUAAAUGAGUUGGACGACGAUGUAAUCAUGGUCGAGGGCAAGAGAGUUAUAGAGGUCGAGUAA